UUUGAGACGCCCCCUCCUUUAUUAAUUACAGAAACAACACACGCGUGUUCUGCUAUGUGUGAAUAUCAGGGGGAAUAUUUAUCUAUAUAAUAUACAUAUAUAACAUAGGAGCAAGAUAGUGAAGAUUCUUACAUAAUUUGGUGUAGAAUCCAUAAUAACAAUGGUCGUUAUCUGGUUGGUCGUUAUCUGGUAACGAUUUCGGGAUUAUUUAUUUCUCUAAAAUAUGAGCAGAUGAUUCAGAUUUGUUUCCGAAGAUGACUAAAAAAACUAAAACCGGAAGAAAUCCCACAAAUAUACAACAUUCGUCGACAUUUCAGUAUAUGAUCAUUCUUAUAGUUUUAAGUGUAUUGAACAUUUCUGUGUUUGUCGGCUUCAGAAAUCCCUCUGUACCACUUCAUUGUUCACCGGAUACUUUGUUACAAGUUGUCUCCCUUUAUCUCGGUAAUAAUGGGCAGACGACACUGAGAAAGUUACUCCCACAAGAAUGUUCUAAUUUAAAUGAGAAGUCAGAGGUUGAACUUCAGUCGUCUGUUCGUCAAUUUUUAUCAUCAUGUAAACAUUCUGAUCAGAGGAAAACCAAACUGGUAGAUAGAGAGCCGCUAAUUACUCUGUUUACAACGUUUGCUGACCACUUUCAUACGGACGCGGAAAAACUUAGUGUUCAUAAUAAUACUCUUGUUAACUGGGCCUCAUUCAAAUCUUCUGUUAACUUAAUUCUGUUUUCAAGUGACGAGUACUGGAACAAAGUUGCACAAUCGUUCGGAUGGGACGUGAUCAAACCUUUGAUAGAAAACAACGGUACAAAACCUCCUGUGUUACAAGAUAUGUUUAGCUUGGCUAUGUCGAGAUAUAAUACAAAAUGGUAUGGAUAUGUUAACGCUGAUAUUUUAUUUACAAGAGAUUUAAUUUUGAAUUUAGAAACUCUAACACAGAUAUAUAAUACUUCAAAUACAAGAAUACUUCUGACAGGCCGCCGGACAAAUGUUGAUAAUCUAACAAGACUUGAUCCAAAGUCAGACAUGGACAUCAAUCAACGAGCUAAACAGUUUGGUCAGCUUUAUAAAGAAGACGCAGAGGAUUUUUUCAUCACUACUAGCUCGUUUCCAUGGAAACGGAUACUUCCGGUUGUCGUUGGUCGCCCUGGUUACGAUAACUGGUUAGUCGGUGAAGCCAGGUGUCGUCUUAACACAACAGUAAUCGAUGUCACACGAACGCUCCUAGCAUUUCACCAGACAACCAAAAAGGGAGGUAACAAUGAGGGUCAUUUCCAUAAAGACAGUGAUUAUAAUUACAAUAUAUUUAAGAAAAAUAAAUUGAUUCCAAAUUUCUUAGCAGGCCUUACAGAUUGUAUUGUAUAUUAUACAUAUAGAACUUUCUGUGAUACAAUUGAAAUUGCCAAAAGGACACAUUUUGGACCAUUAUGUGACUGUAGAUAUAAACCUAGUCGGCGUGUGUGAGAUAAACUUUAAUAAGAUAAAAUUCUGCUCACGGAGAAAUCACAUCCUUCCAGAACAUAUAUUUGUGAUCUUAAUACGUUAAAGAUGGUUGUGUUAUUUAAGUGCCAGGGAAUAUUGUUCCGUCCAUUUUGUAUACAGCAAUUACAAUUGUACCAAUAUUGAAGAUGUAUGUUAUUGUUGACAACAACAAUCUUGUGUGUGUCUAAUGUAUCUGGAUUUUGAUUUCACGAUUAGUAACAUGACAGUCAGUUAUUUACCAAUAUGUUCAUUCAAUAAAACACAUUAUGAACGUUUCUGAUUAUAUAAUACCUUACCUUUUAUAUUAUACUUAUAUAUUCUACCCAUUUUCUACACUGCUUCAAAUCAUAUUUUUAUAUAAAUAUACUGAUUAAACAAUAUGUUGAAAA